AUGUCGUCGUCUCAGCAGCUGCCUGCAAAUGCGGUGCCGGCCUCUGAACUUGGGUUGACCGAAGAGCAAGUCCAGUUGUUACAAAAUGGACAACAGGAGGUGGCGGCUGCGAACCCCGGGUCGACUUCAUCUCGUGCAGCAAGCCGGGCUUCAUCUCAGGGGCUGCUUAUGAUGGAUAGUUCAUCCCUCGCUCAACUUGGGCGACACUUUGACCGGGUUAUGCAGUCGAUACAGCAGCGCCUUGAGUUCUUGACCCAGCAGUCACAAAUAGUGACACUCAGCAUAUAUGAUCAAGCUGGCAACCUUAUUGACAACGCCGAUGCGGAGAUUCAACGUUACCAUGAUAUCAUGGCACAGAUUGACGAACUUGAAUUGGAAUUCGACAAAAUAGCAAACAUUCGUGAUAUUGUCAAGGACUUUCGCCGUCAUGCGGAGGAGCUGGAACGCGAACUGGAUCGCUCUGGUAGCAGCUCAUCUAGAAGGGAGAGACAUGGCCACAGCCACUCAUCGCAUCGUAACCAUGGACACUCUAGCUCUGGGAAGCGACGAAGCUGA